AAUUCCCUUUGGUGGUCUGAUUCUUGUCAUAACAUUUCUUUUAUUUGCAUUGAUAGCGCUUAUCCAAUCGCAAUCGGUUUGUGCUUCUUGACAGCAAAAGGUCAGGGCACGAAAUUUCUUAUCCAAAUUGGUUAAUGACGCGACAAAACUCAGAAACUAAAUUUAGACGAGGUAAAAAACGCACAAAAAGGUUACAUGGGCCAUGCCAACAAAUAGUCUCAGACACUCAAUCGCAUUUGCAUCUAUCCUGCACGCAAUCGAAGUUUUAUACUUUUUUCUACUUCCUCGAGCGGAAUGAAGUCUCUUCACUUCCUUUUGCUCUUUGCCUUGGUUGAAACUUCCCCUAUUCCUGAAUUAACAUCGCCGCUCCUUCCCAAAUCUUGCCUGGAUUAUUUACAACAAGGGAUGACUCAGAAUGGUUUCUAUGUCCUAGUUGAUAACCAAGGCCAUCCAUACAUGACUUACUGUGAUCUGUCAUACGAGCCGGGCUCCGCGUGGACCCUAGUAAUGUCUUGGCAGACUGCGAAAUUCCGGGAUUUGCCUUAUUUCAAAACCAAACUGUUCACAGAAGAUGCUCCAAUCAACGCAGGUAGUCCAAACUGGUUUAUUUACCGCGAGACACUUGCAAGAAUGAAAUCCAUCCGUAGUCAAUCCACGCACUGGCGAGCAACGUGCAAUAUCAACAAACUAAAAGCGAUCGAUUUCGAAGAUUACCUUCGGGGAAAGCUCAAAGACUUGGAUAUCUUAACGUGGCAGGGUGGGCGAACUUGUUUUUCCAUAGACUAUGUGAACAUUCGCGGAAAAGCUGCGGGUACUGGCACUACCAUGGCAUUCUGGCAGGUUCCUAAUAAGUAUAUUCUCCACACAGACAGCACAAAUACCGGAUGUGAAUUUUAUUAUGAAGCGAAUCCAAUUGUGGACUUUUUUGGUUUCUACGGAGAUGGACUUAGCCCUAAAUUCCGCUGCAGUGCAGAGCCUGAGGCCACAACUCAAUGGUGGUUUGGUGGUUAUCUCUCAAAAGAGCGAUUUUUUCAAAACAGUUCUCAACCAGUGGGCGCAUAAAAAAAAAAGUUUAAUCCGGUUAAACGUCGUUAGAUCCGAUAACGAAUUCUUUCUUUCGGCUUCCAUACAUUUGAUUAGUGACAAAUUAGUAGAAUAUGGUGUAAUAUUCCGAGAACACCAUUUAACAGAUGAGUUUGUCUUUUCUCGUGAUCUAUUAUAUGUGCUAAACUACGAGCAUUUCCUCCUUUUCAGCGAAGCCCGUCGGGGGAGUAAAAAAACCAGUGCAAAAAAAGAAAUUGACGACAGCACGCCGUGCGGAACUCUGGAUGUAAGGCGUCAAAAAAUGACACCAACUUUUCAUGCACCUCAACCCAAAGUUUUACGCGGCGCGAUAACAGCACUGUUAUUUUUCUGACUCGCGCGACGGACUUCGCCAAAAAUUGUGGACCGCUCGUAGUCUUCCUAUUUUCAAGUUAUUAUGUUAGAAUAUUAUGACGAAUUUAAUUGCAUGUUUCGCUUGAUGUUAUUUUAUAUAUACUGAUGUGGCUCACAGUAUUACUGAUGGCAAAUAGAGUUUCGAGAUGGAUGACAGAGCUGGCAAUAGCUUAGUCAUUUUGCAAAUUGUCACUAUCACGGGCUUUUAGAUUUAAAUCAAGUAGCAUGGCACAAGUCUUUUAGUUAUCGCUGUCAGCCAAGAAACGAACGACGCCAAUUUUAGAAGAAAUUUUAUGACCUGAUAAACGUCAGACCGAUUUUUCUGUUGAUUAACCUGAUGUGAUUAGUUAGUUUCUCUUUUGUUUUUAUUCCUUUUGCAUUUUUAAAUUUCUGUGUUCCCAUAUAUCCAGUUUGUCUCACGAGCAACUAACUUGUGAGUUAAUAAAGAGGGUAAGUUUCAAAAGAAA